GUACGUACGUGUACUGUGUACCGCCGGCCUGCCGCAAUUGUGAUCAGUCGAAGGGCCGUGUGGGUACAGGAAGCACCCCAAACUCGCCAUUAAUAUCUCAGCGAGUCCCGACCAAAAAACUCCUGAUUUUCCAUCAAAACAGAGAGUUAAUUGGUCAAAGGGAAACACUUUGAUUCAAAGGGGGUAAGCACGGCCCUCAACUGAAAAAAAACCCCACUGUAUCUCCUUGGAAGUUACUUUUUUUUUCUAUGUCUCCACUGUUUCGUUUCUGUUCAGAAAGUCUUCCAGAAAAACUGGUUGUGAGCUUGAUUAAUUCCUUCAAACAUUCUAAAUCAUGGCACAAUUAGAACUUCUAUGUUGUGAAGUUGAAAGUGUACGAAGAGCCUACCUCGAUCCAGUCUUACUAAACGACGACAGAGUACUACGGAAUCUUCUCGAAGCCGAGGACAAAUACACGCCGUGCUCGGAUUAUUUUGGGAACCAAUUUCAGACAGACAUUAAACCUUUCAUGAGGAAAAUGGUCGCGCAGUGGGUGUUCGAGGUUUGUGAGGAGCAACAAUGUGAAGAAGAGGUGUUUCCACUUGCAAUGAACUAUUUAGACAGAUUUCUUGCCGUGCAGCGCAUCAAGCGAAGUCAAUUCCAACUUCUCGGUGCCGCCUGUAUGUUCCUAGCAUCCAAAUUAAAGGACACCUUACCUCUAACAGCCGAAAAACUCAUCAUUUAUACCGACAAUUCCAUCACCUUGGAUCAACUAUUACAUUUUGAACUGAUUGUACUCCGUAGGUUAAAAUGGGACCUGUCUGCAAUAACUCCGCACGAUUUCUUAGAACAGAUCCUCCAUAGACUACCCAUCUCAAAGGAGUGUGCCCAGAGAAUAAGACGGCACGCUCAGACUUUCAUCGCCCUGUGCGCAACAGAGUAUAGUUUUGCGAGGCAAACACCAUCAAUUAUAGCAGCUAGCAGUGUAGGUGCUGUAGUGCACGGUUCAUCACAUAUGCCAAUCCCGAAGCUGAUGGACCAACUACACAGCAUAACGAAGAUUGAAUUAGACUACCUCAUUUCAUGUCAAGAGCGAAUGGAGUCGCUGCUAUCGGACAGUCUUGCUCAUCCGGUGACCAUCGACAUUACCGAGGCCAACAAGCACCACGAGAGCGAGUACGAGAAGGAGCAACCAACGACGCCAACCGACGUUGAAGAUGUUGCCAAGCUCCUGGACCAGUCAGGACCAAGCCUGUCCAAAUUGACGAAACCACGGCUACAGGCACCCCAGAGUUUAUCAUAACACUAGCUCUUUAAGUACUCAUUCCCUAAACCCCCUUCCCUCGUGAAAAUCUCUCAGGACUUCUUAAAUUCCUGGGCUACUUUAACCAGAAAAGUUUGACAAGAAAACGUGCUCAGCAUCAAUUGGUUGAAUACCAGUCACAAACACUGGUAACCUGUGUUAAGCAAAUGAUUACAGUGCUUUGCAAAUUUCUGUGCCCAGGAUGGGCACCGGUGAGGCUCGUCAAAGAAGUCUUGAGAUGUUUUCACUUGGGACUUUCAAUUUUUGUUAUGAGCUGAAGACUGUGGCAGUCGAUAGCAGCACGACACUGUCCUGCUUCUUGUUGUUUGUUGUUGUUUACAUGUCAAAGGAGACGGGCUGCCCGUUCAUAAACCUCGUGCAUUGGAUGCUGGUUUGAAGUAAAAUGGCUGUUUGACAUUCCGGACACCGGCUACCUCUUUACGGCAAGGCUGGUUUAUUGGUACUUUUUUCCCCAGACGAAGCUCGGCAAGCCCCAACAUCAUGUACCUCCCUCAAGCCCUAGCCCCAGCCGGACGGGUUUGCCAAAUCCUGUCUGAAUUUGGUGCUCUUUUACCGAGUUCCUUAUUUGCCGAAUAUUGCCAUAGGAAUCUUCACAGAGUAUUUGGAUUUGGCAAACCCUUUGCUGGAAGCUGAUUACAAAAAUACACACCCCCCCCCCAAAAAAAAAGGACCGGCUGAUUCUGUUUGGAAUGUUUUGUCCAGCUGGCCAUGUUGGACCUAGCUCAAUCUAUCUUUGUGUUUGUUUCUCUAAUCGCUGACAAGUAGGGCUGGAGAAGCCAGAUUAUGUCAGGGCUGGUCCCCGAGACUGUAGCAUCAAAGUAACCUUUCACCCUUGACCUCCAACCUUUCACUCCUCACACGCACAAAAAUAAAGGUGUAAAAUAUAUCAAAAAUAGAUUUUAAAAAGUAUAAGUGUGAGGAAGGUCGGAUUGUUCCAGCCCUGGAUUUGAGUUUGAAAGUGCGAAUAGGAUGGUGGUUGAAAAGGCAGUUUCAGGAUGUAAUUUCAGUGCAUUUGAAUGCAAAUAUUUUUAGUUUGUUGAAGUGUUUUGUUGAAGUGUUUUGUUUCCAUAUACUUUUGUUUGGUUUUGUUGUUCUGUGCAUAGCUGAUUUGGGAUGAGAACAAGAAUGCGAAGAACUGCGUUCAUUCCUCAAAAUAAAUGAUUUUUAAAGAUUAAAUAAAAAAAAAUUACAAGUGUGGCCACAGCCUUCUGUUGCCAACGUUUUGAAGAGUCGAGGUUAAAAAUAUUCAUUUUGAAGUUGAGAUUUGUCUGGAGUAAUUUGACCGACAGUGGAUAGAAAGCAAAAGAGACAUUAUUUGGAGGAGAAUUUUUUGUUUUUCGUUCGCAAUAUUUUUUUUUAAUAAUGAAUAUAUUCACCGUACAGCAGCUUAUUAUCGAGAGUUAUUGAGAAAAUGUGACCAUUUUUUUUUUACUUUUGUCCAAAUGAAAUCUGACAAAUCAACGAUACCUCACUCUUUUAAACUUAAAAAAUUGGCAGAUUCCAUUUGUGACUAGAGACGAAAGAGUUGUACUAUGCAAGCGGUUGAUUGUAAUUUUAUUGUGGGGAAAACAGACAAUUUGACUUGUUCCAUUAAAAUGGAGCAGGCACUUAAUACCGUUCAAUAAUAGUUUGAAUAAAAUUUGGUGCGUUAAAUUGUGAAUUUUUUUUUUACAUUUGUGAAAUGUGUUUUUUUUUUCACAUUCAUUAAUGUAUAUAAUCAAAUCCUGGACCAAAAUCAGAGAAACAUUUUUACUUAACGAGAUUUUCUUGAAAAACAAAUGAGUAAAGCAAACUCACUGAAUUCUGUGCAGAUGAAAUUGUGGUUAAUAAUAUUUUUUUAAUGAGUUAAACAUAUUUUGAUAAACUGCAGUGUACAAGUAACUAGGUUGCAGGUUAGUUAAACUAAACUAAUGGAUAAUCCAAUGAAUUAAUCCUUUUCAAAUUUUUGUUGUGAGGGUGUUUUUGAAACUUUAUAUAACGACAGUAAAUUUGACUGGGGAAAACAUCAAGUGAAAAAUUAUUUUUUUUUUAAAUGCCAUUUUCACAAUUUGUGUGCGAAACUAUAAAGUUGUAACAAGUGUUUGCGGUGGCUUUUUGUAUCCUAAUUUUUUUUUUUUAAUUACAAAUUCUUGAAUGACUUUACACACCAUCACCGUGCAGUUCAGAAAAAUGUGCUUUCAUCUCUUUGAGUCACUGAAGCUGAUGAAAUAAUGCAUUAACCAUUAAAACAUGGUUAUUGUAUUAUUUGUGUAUGUGCCAAGCAGUUUAAUACCCUGGACCGAAAAGACAACAGUAAUUUCUUUUAUACACUUACAUGCUGGCACCUUUUUUUCACCUUCACUUUAUUAUUGCUGAAAUUUGUUUAACGGGUAUUAUUGUAAAUUGCAUACGGAGUUCCUUCUUGUUUAAAAAAAGUCCCUUGAAGUACCAAAAAUGCCACUUUUUCAGCCUGUGAGUUUUGUUUGUCGAUGGAUUUUUUUUGCAUUAUUUUGCAAAGAAUUGAGUUCACGUCAGUAAUCGUUUGGAUCAAAUACAGAUGUCAACGGUAUAAAUCAAAACAAUGUGAUCCUUGAAACAGUUGGAAUAUUUGCAAACGUAUUUGUUACUGUCACUGUACCAGGACCAUGGAAAGAAGACGGUGCUUUUACCAGAAUACAUUUGGCAAACUUUUCUCGACAACGUUAAACAGUAAAUUUUAAAAAUGUACAUAUUUUCUAUGCAAUGCAAAAAAAUUGUGACAUCGCAUGUUCGAAGUUGGCAUGUGGUAUCUCGGGGCUGUAAGGAACAGUAUGCAUUUUUCCAGUUUACAAAAACUUUCUACAGAGUUCUUAUAUUGUAUACAACUUUUUAGCCAAUAAACUGUUGAAUGUUUUUUUACGGAGAUUAUUUUUUGUUACUAAUUUUCUAGACCUUUUUCUCCUGAUAAUGGUCUUAUGCAGUGCACUUUUUUCCCCGAGUUUUUUAUGCUUGUAACAGUUUAUACUAGUCAAUCACUCAAAAGUCAAUGAAAAAGAAAUUUGUAUGCAUAUAUUAUGCUUUAGAAUUUUGUAUUUUUAGUACGACUUGAUUUGAGUCAAACAGUUUUGAGUGGUCGACUGUGUUGUGGUGAGUAGUCGUAAUUGAUUAUUCACAAGUUUUGAGAGUUUUUAUAUUUACCCAAUUGUUGUGACAUUUUUAUAUAGCCCCUUUGAAAGCUUUUCAUACCAUACUCUUUUUCGCGAAUUUUCCAGUUUGCUCGUUUUUAUAUAGACAGCCUUUGAAUUUUGUGGAAUGGAGUGAACUAUAUAAAAUGUGCUGUUGAAAUAAGAAAACAACUAAACUUUUUGAAAUCACACACCACGCAAUCAUAAUGCCGAAAGGACAAGCGCUGACCAAUGGAACCCGGGCGUUUGUAGUACACCAAGUUUGAUUGGCUAGUCAAAUAGGAGAGAUUCAAACCAUACGACUAUUUUAUGAGUGAGUUUGCAGCUUAUGUGAUCAAAAAUACUUCUGUACUCUUGUCGUUUUUUAAAGCUAAAAACAACAUAUUUAUCCAAGCGCUUGAUUGUUUGUUGUAUUAGACCAUAAAAAAAUCUGCUUGAGAUAGAUGUAAGAAUGUCCUGUAAUAAUACUUUUUGAGGAAAAUGACACCCCUUGUUUUUAUUAUAGGACUAGACGUUUGAUUUAUGGCUAACAUGGAAAUAUUGUUUCCGAGAAAGUCAGUAAUUAUUUUAUGCGCACACAGGAGGUGCGCAAAAGGUCUGGACUUUGAGGCGUGGAGGAACGAGAAAGAGACAAUAAAAAAGGAAAAACAAAUGAGAAUACAA